ACAACCUCGCAGGGGGUAAGUUCACUUUCCUCACUGGCAGCAGGACGGUGCGGGGACUAGGAGACGCGAAGCCGCCACACAUGUGUUUGUGAAACAGCUUCCUCGUUUGUCUCCGUCCCUUUCUCCUCAAAACAAUGCUCCCACUGGUUUCCUCCUGGUGGUUGUGAGGCAGCUCCGAAGACGCGUCUCGGAGAAGCAGACUCCUGUGUGUGUUCGUUCUUUGGGAAUGGUUCCUCAGCCUGGGGGUGAAGGUAAGAGAGGGGGAGGCUGCUGUCAUUUCUCUUUUACUGGACUUCACUCGUCUUUGUACUCAUUCAUCGCUUUCGACGACAGUUCCUCUGAGGCCGAGCAGAGAGUGACGGUCCUUUCUGUCGAUCCACAUCUGAAGACAUGUUGUACUGGACUUUGUGUGACUGGAAAGUAUGGCUGCUUAUUGUCCUGCUGUGGGACUGCCUCUGUGCUCUGGGACUGAAACCCACGCAAUGGCCGCUGUAUUCCCAAAAGCCUUUGCUCCUCGCCUGGAAUGCCCCGACUGAGGACUGUGCCCCACGGCAUGACAUUCAUUUCCAGUUGGGCCAGUUCCAGAUCGUGGCCUCACCCAAUGAGGCUUUUGUCAAACAGAACCUCACCAUCUUCUAUAAGAACCGCUUGGGCUUGUACCCCUACUACGAGCCGGAUAAAACGGCGGUGAACGGGGGGCUGCCACAGAUGGCCAGUCUCACGCAGCACCUGGAGAAGAUGCCAGAUAGUGUGCAGAAGUAUAUACGUGAGCCAGAGGCCAAAGGUCUGGCCGUUAUUGACUGGGAGGAGUGGCGCCCACUCUGGAUACGCAACUGGGAAACCAAAGACAUUUACCGCAGACAUUCUCGUGAGAUGGUGCGCCAGAAGAACCCAACAUGGCCUCCGGAGCAGGUGUCAAAAGUAGCCCAGCAGGAGUUUGAAAUCUCUGCCAGGAAGUUCAUGCUGGAGACGCUGAAGCAAGCUAAGAACCUGAGACCCAACCAGCUGUGGGGGUUCUACCUGUUCCCCGACUGCUACAACCACGACUACAGACACACUGUGGAGAACUACACCGGCCGCUGCCCUGAUGUGGAGGUGGCCCGCAACGAGCAGCUGAAAUGGCUGUGGACCGAGAGCACCGCCCUCUUCCCAUCCAUCUACAUGGGCACUGUGCUGCGCUCCUCUUCCUCCGGACGUCAGUUCGUCCGGAACAGAGUGAGGGAGGGGAUGCGUUUGGCAUCAUCAGGCGAUGGGUUGGCGCGUCCUGUCUUUGUGUACACGCAGCCCACCUACACCAACUCUCUGGAGCAGCUGACAGAGACUGACCUGGUCUCCACCAUCGGGGAGAGCGUGGCUCUGGGAGCAGCUGGAAUCAUCCUGUGGGGAGAUGCAGGUUAUGCAAGCAGCAAAACCAGCUGUUCCAACCUUGAGGCGUAUCUCCGAGGGCCGCUGAGUCAAUACCUCCUCAACGUCUCCACAGCAGCAGAGCUAUGCAGCCAGACCUUGUGUGGUUCACACGGCCGCUGUUUGCGCAAAAACCCAAACAGCGAUGUUUACUUGCACCUGAACCCCCUCACCCACAGCAUCAGCAGGCCGAACGACAAACCGACAGUGACGGGUGAGCUUGGCGAAGCCGAGGUGACGAGGUUCCAAACUGAGUUUCAGUGCCAGUGCUUCAGCGGCUACCAGGGGGAGGGCUGCGAUCAGACGGACCCCCUGCACCAGAGAGGGGGGGCGGCUCCAACCAUGGCUUCAGCGCUGCAAUGUGUGAUCUUACUGAUUAUUUCUCUGCUCCUCUGUUAAAGCACCAUAAACAGUAGACAGCCGCAUCGUGUGUGUCAAAAUAUCAGAGCGGAGGGGUGUCAUUUUCUUUUCUUGGAAUUGCUGUAAAAAAUAUGGAUGACACAAAGUGAAACUUCAUAAGAAACACUGUGGAAAUUUCAAAGUUACAUUUGUUUAUAACUUUUAAUCUUUUAAAAACAAUAGAGGGCUCGCUGGAAAUGACCUUGUUUACAUUUUGCUCUCGGUUUCCUCUCGGUCACUGUUUUCCAAGGUGUCAAAUUCCAUGUUUCUCAUAGGGAGCACGUCUGCGGAGGAAAUGUGGUGAAUGAGUCGGCGUAUGUCGGCCGCUGUGUGGUGAAAGUGGAAUUGAUGCACUUAAAUCUGGUGAUCGCACAAUAUGAUUUGAAGUGCCUGAUCUUUUUCAACACGACCUCUCUCAUGACCUUUUUCUAAUGGCGGCAAUUAAAGUGUUACUAUUUAUUUGAAUGUAUUUUUUAGGUGUUUUAUAUGAUAUUUUCUGAUUUUUAUGUCCAAAACAUGACUACUAGUAGUUUUCUCUUAAAAUACUACAUGACUCCAUUGAUGCUCAAAAGCAGCUAUUUGAUUUCAGAAGCACAAACAUUAAGAGACAUUUUUCUGACACUUUGUUAUGUUCCACAGUUUUACUGACAUUAUCACCUCUGUCUUCAUGCUGUUUUCUCAAAUUUGACUUUUUUUCAAAGUAAAUAAACUUCUUUGUUAAACUUA